GGCAUCCGGGGAACGGAUCGUUUCGCGGCAGGGUGGCGGAAGAGGAAGGAGCGGGCGUCGUCGCUUUACGACUGCCGUGGAAUGAGCCUCUACGACCUGUUCCGGGGUUUCUUCGGCUUCCGCGGGGAGCGGAGGCCCCGAGACCCCUUCUUUGGGGGAAUCACACGGGACGAUGAGGACGAGGAUGAUGAGGAUGAGGAUGAGAGCCCCUUCUUUGGGGCAAGACGCUCUGAUGACUUUGCAUUUGGGUUCACUUUUGGCCCAGGAGGGAUGCGCUUCCAUGACAGCUUUGGCUUUGAUGAGCUCUUCCAGGAUUUUAACGAUCUGUUUAGCGAGAUGGGGGCAAGGAGUUUGCCCUUGCAUCCGUUUGGUAGGCAAGAGUUCCCUGGAGUGGAGGCCCCCCCGCCGGCUGACCGCCCUCUGGAGAAGAGGCAAACCCUGCGGGAUUCCAUGCUCAAAUACCCGGACAGUCAGCGGUUCAGCCGCAGAACCUUAGAGGAUGGCUUCAACCCUGCCACUCCAGAGAGGAGACCUUUGCACCCUUUCCAAGGGCGAGCCGCUGAAGAUGUGACGGACACCUCCAAGGAGGACAGAGAUUUGGAUUCUCAUGUCACGUCCGAAGGCCUUGAGACUGUUCUUCCGCCAGCCCAACCUCGGUCUUAUUUCAAAAGCGUCUCAGUCACCAAAGUGAUAGCACCAGAUGGAACGAUUGAAGAACGUCGGACUGUGCGGGACAGCCAGGGCCGGGAGGAGACGGUCGUCACCCGCAGGGGUGGAGGCGAACCUAGCAGUGGCCAGCAGGGCAGUCCAGCUGACGUGUUGCCCUUUGACUCGCGCCACAGAGAGGAUAUGAGUGACUCCUGGUCGAUCCUGGAUACCUUCUUCCGCCGCUGGUUCUCAAGCCGGUAGGCUUGGCUGGUUUUUGCACACCAAACCCCUCUGCUUGCAGCUUCCAACAAUGCUCCCUCCUCUGUCUUCUGAGAAGGCCUCGCAUCACCAGAAAGAUGCAAGAAAUAAAAAUCUAUAUUUAUGCUUGA